CUUGUUGACAAAUUUCAUCAUGUUUUCUCGUUCUCUCUCGAUCUUUCGAUAGUUUACCUACUUUUUGCCGAGUCAUCGCACGCAAGGAGUUAUUUUAAACACUUCUAGAAUUUUCUGGACAAUGUCUGUACCGGGUAUAAAUAUGAGCGGACUACCGAGAGGAGAAAAAGCAAAACUUCUACAAGAGGUACAGCGAGACAGAGGUGAAAAGCAGCGAAGCGCCAUUUUGCGCACAUCAUGUCACAAGCAGGCAUGGAUGCGGAUAAAUUCCAAAUCGCUACUCUAGACGUCAGAGAAUUUAAACCGGAGGAAAUCACUUGCAAAGUGGAAAAUGGGAAGAUCAAAGUCUCCGGCUUACAGCGACAUGAGAGCGAAGAGGGAUUUGAUUCCAAGGAAUUCCGUCGAUGCUACAAUCUUCCCGAGGGAGUUGACGAGUCUUCCAUCUCCACACGGAUUGCAGAGGAUGGCAUGUUGCAUGUUGAAGCCCUAAAGAAGUCACCUCCUGCCACUACAGAGAACAAAGCACCGGCCACUAAAGACGAUACCAAGUUUACGCUUGCACUAGAUGUGAGUGACUUUAAGCCAGAGGAAGUGGACGUCAAGGUGUACGGGCACGAGCUAUCAGUAAGGGCCAGACAGGAGUGUGAGGAGCAUGGAUUCUUUACUGCACGUCAGUUCAACAGGCACUUUGUGUUGCCGCGGGAGGUAGACAUGGACACCCUUGUGCCACGCCUUGCGAAAGAUGGGGUGUUGUACAUUGAAGCAGAUAAGAGACCUCUGAGACAGCUUGACAUUGUCAUGGAGAAGUGAGAUGUUUAGCAUUAUCGACAGAACAAGUGUUAUGCAUCAACAGCAGACAGGAAUGGACUAUAGUGGAUAAAUAGACUUGGUGAAUGAUUGUUAACUUGGCAUUGUCGGUGCAAAAAAGUUAUGCUUUGUCUACAUAUGUAAAGGAUUUUAUCAGUCAGUGGUAAUAAGAAGUCUCUUUAGCAGGGCUAGUGAAAGUGCUCUACUGUUUUGUGAACAAUAGAUUAUGUAACCUCUUCUUGUCUUUGCUGUAUAAAUUGUAGCUUGCCCAAAGUUAAAGUUUGUUUGUUAGUUUUUUUGGUAUGAAAUGACCUAGAAAGAGUAAAUCUAUUGCAGAGUGUCCACAAAUAGAAAAAUGUAAAUCUGUAAAUGUUAAUAAAUCAAACUAGUUUGAA